GGGGGCGGAACACACAGGCUACAAGAAGUGGGGGUAGGGUGGCGGAAAGCUACGCAAGCCGUUGAGACUGGGUUCACUGUUUUCCGAAGAGGGGACGCGUUUACUACUAAACUGCUUAGUACAAAAUCGGUUGUGUUCACGCAACGUAAUAGGUCGAUGUUCUGCUACCAGGAAACAAUCAGCCGCUUCCACCAGUAAGAAAUAGAAGGCUCUGAGAGGCCACAGUAGCCGCCAUGCCCAAGAAUAAAGGUAAAGGAGGUAAAAACAGGCGCAGGGGUAAAAAUGAGAAUGAAUCUGAAAAAAGAGAGUUGGUGUUUAAAGAAGAUGGACAAGAGUAUGCUCAGGUAAUCAAAAUGUUGGGAAAUGGACGAUUAGAGGCAAUGUGUUUUGAUGGUGUAAAGAGGCUUUGUCAUAUCAGAGGAAAACUGAGAAAAAAGGUUUGGAUAAAUACUUCAGACAUAAUAUUGAUUGGUCUGCGAAAAUAUCAGGAUAACAAAGCAGAUGUAAUAUUAAAGUACAAUGCAGAUGAGGCUAGAAGUCUGAAGGCAUAUGGUGAGCUUCCAGAACAUGCUAAGAUCAAUGAAACAGAUACAUUUGGUCCUGGGGAUGAUGAUGAAAUCCAGUUUGAUGAUAUUGGAGAUGAUGAUGAAGAUAUCUUUGAUGUAAGUAGAUUACCUUUAUAGGUUUUUGUUUGUUCA